CGGGUCAUGAGCACAUGGUGUUGGUUCUAUUGCCACACUCUCAGUUCACUCUCUCUCGACAUUUUUGAUUUAGUCUCUAUAAUUGAAUAAAAACCAAAGAAUAUUUUGCUCAAAAGUUUCUCAGUUGAUUAUGGUGAUGAUGAUAAUCAGCUGAAAUUCCAAAUUUAACAUGGAAACCGCCGCUCUCCGUCACGCAAUCGCAAUCGGCGUGACCGACUUCCCCUUGAGUCGCUCCAGACGGAGGCGAGUCAACUCGGUCAAUCUUAUCUUUCACCGAACUUCUCUUUCUUCCCGUUUUCACCUCAAAUCCAUAUAUCCUCCUCGCAAAUCCUUCAAUCCCCGUUACCAAACGCUCCGUUGUUUGGCGGAAGCUAAAAAUCACCGAGAUCAUGACCUCCACCAGCACGACGAUCACCCCCACCACCACGACGACGACCAUGACCUACAUCACCAUUCCCAUCAUCAUCAUCAUCAUCAUCAUCAUCAUCAUCGAGAUGGCGUCGAGCUGAGUGGAGCUCAGAGAAGUUUUAUUAGCUUCGCAAAAGCGGUGGGGUGGAUGGACCUGGCCAACUUGUUGAGGGAGCAUUUGCAGCUCACUUGUUGCUCCGCGGCCUUAUUUGUGGCAGCUGCUGUUUGUCCUUACUUAAUCCCCAAGCCAAUAGUCAAGCCUCUUCAAAAUACCUUCAUGAUUAUCGCUUUCCCUCUAGUUGGGGUCUCAGCAUCUUUUGAUGCUCUUAUUGAUGUUACUGGUGGGAAGGUAAAUAUUCACGUGUUGAUGGCCCUUGCAGCAUUUGCAUCAUUAUUUAUGGGCAAUGCCUUGGAAGGAGGAUUACUUCUCGCAAUGUUCAAUCUGGCUCAUAUAGCUGAAGAGUUUUUCACAAGCCGCUCAAUGGUGGAUGUUAAGGAGUUGAAGGAAAAUCAUCCAGCUUCUGCUCUUGUGCUGGAUGUUAAUGAUGAGAAACAACUGGACCUCUCUGAUUUGUCGUACAAAAGUGUCCCGGUGCAUGAUGUAAAAGUGGGCUCAUAUAUUUUGGUCGGAACUGGUGAGGCCGUGCCUGUCGAUUGUGAAGUUUUCCAAGGCAGUGCAACAAUUACUAUUGAGCAUUUGACUGGUGAAAUCAAACCUAUGGAGGCAAAAGUUGGAGACAGAGUACCUGGUGGUGCAAGGAAUGUGGAUGGUAGAAUGAUUGUAAAGGCCACCAAGAUGUGGAAAGAGUCAACAUUGAACAGGAUAGUAGAAUUAACAGAAGAAGCACAACUAAAUAAACCAAAGCUUCAAAGGUGGCUGGAUGAAUUUGGCGAGCGUUAUAGCAAAGUGGUUGUGGGCUUGUCCGUUGCUGUUGCUCUGCUUGGGCCAUUUAUUUUUAAGUGGCCAUUCAUUAGCACAUCAGUCUGCAGAGGAUCAAUAUACAGAGCGCUAGGACUGAUGGUGGCGGCAUCACCAUGUGCCUUGGCUGUAGCUCCAUUGGCAUAUGCCACUGCUAUUAGUUCUUGUGCUAGAAAGGGAAUAUUGCUUAAAGGAGGCCAAGUUUUAGAUGCUCUAGCUUCCUGCCACACGAUUGCAUUUGACAAAACUGGGACCUUGACAACUGGAGGGCUUAUGUUUAAAGCAAUUGAACCAAUUUAUGGACAUAAGGUUGGAAAAAAGCAUGCAGAUGUCACUUCUUGUUGUACUCCCAACUGUGAAAAAGAAGCUCUUGCUGUAGCAGCUGCCAUGGAAAAGGGUACCACUCAUCCUAUUGGAAGAGCUGUUGUGGAUCAUAGUAUAGGCAAAGACCUACCUUGUGUUUCUGUAGAAAAUUUUGAGUACUUUCCCGGCAGAGGUCUUACUGCAACUCUGAACAACAUGGAGUCAGGAGCUGGGAGCAUCAAGUUGUUGAAGGCAUCACUUGGAUCUGUAGAGUUCAUCACUUCACGUUGCAAAUCUGAAGCUGAGUCAAGAAAGAUCAAGGAAGCAGUUAAUGCAUCUUCUUAUGGAAGUGACUUGGUUCAUGCUGCCCUUUCUGUAGAUGAAAAGGUAACAUUGAUUCACCUAGAGGAUAGACCUCGACCAGGGGUUUCAGAUGUCAUUGCAGAAUUACAGGAUCAAGCAAGGCUCCGUGUUAUGAUGCUAACUGGUGAUCAUGAAUCAAGUGCAUGGAGAGUUGCAAAAGCUGUGGGUAUCACUGAAGUUCACUGCAGCCUGAAGCCUGAGGACAAGCUCAAUCAUGUGAAGGGUAUCUCGAGGGAUAUGGGGGGAGGUCUGAUUAUGGUAGGUGAAGGUAUCAAUGAUGCACCAGCACUCGCUGCUGCAACUGUAGGGAUUGUUCUUGCACAACGCGCAAGUGCAACUGCAAUUGCUGUUGCAGAUGUCCUGUUGCUGCGGGACACAAUAUCCAGUGUUCCAUUCUGUAUUGCCAAGUCCCGCCAAACAACUUCACUGGUCAAGCAAAAUGUGGCCCUUGCCUUGACUUGUAUAGUUCUGGCCUCUUUUCCAUCUGUUUUGGGCUUUCUUCCCCUGUGGUUGACGGUUCUUUUGCACGAAGGUGGUACGCUUCUCGUUUGCCUCAAUUCUAUACGAGCUCUAAAUGACCCCAAGUGGUCAUGGAGGGAGGACUUAUGGCAUUCUGUAAAAGAACUCAAAUCUAAACAGAUAUCGUUGGAGAAAGAAGGCACAAGCUCAAGCAACAUGCAGGCUGCAUCUUUAUAGCCCUCGCUCUGUUGUAUAUUUUGGUCUUUUCUUCCCCACUUAGAAACAGGAAAUAUCCUUCCAAAGUUAAAUUUUGUGCAGCUCAUUUCUGAUUUUUAGAUCUUUGUGUAAAGAGAAAGAUUAAGAAAUGGUGAAUACACGACAACUGACAAGUCUUUUUUUCUCCAAAAUUUCCCCCAAAAUUGUAAAGAGCUCUCCUAACAACCGAAUAAAAGUUUUUUUUUUUAUUUAUUUUAAUGAAGAACACAUUUUUUUGAA